AUGCCCGGCCUAAGGUGGUGCGAGGCGCGGCAGAGCCCAGAGCCCGGCCGGGCCCCAUCGCCGCAGCCCUGCGGGGAGCGGGGCCCGCGCGGCCAGAGCAGAGGGACAGAGACGGGGGGUGAGGGGAGCGUUUCAGCCUCUUACCGAGGGCAAACGAGUAACUCAGGAACCGGCUGCGGAGAAAAGUCCGACGAGCAGCUCCUCCUUGCUUCCUUCCUCCCUCCCGCCCUCGCCGACAGGUCCCGGGGCGGGGCUGGGCGGGGCGGGGCGCGGUGCCGCUCCAGCUCCAGCUCCAGCUCCAGCUCCAGCUCCAGCUCCCGCUCCCGCUCCCGCUCCCCUCACGCACCGCCCCACGCUGCUCCGGCGCCUGAGGCUCCCGCCCGCCUGGAACGCGGGGAGGGCGGCGGUCGCAGCCUUUGUGCGGGGCGGGAGAAGGAGCCCAGACUCCCCGGGACACUGGUGAGGAUCCCUCGUUCUCCCUCGGCAGUUUCUCGGAGGGGCGGUGAGGAAGGGCCGACGAUGGACCUCGAUGGGCCGGACGUCGCCCGCGGGCAGGCAGAGCAGGAGCGCGGCCGCUACUUGAGCCGCCGGGCCGUGGCCCAGGAGCAGCUGGCGCAAAUAAAGGAGCACAAGGAUCAAGCAGAUCUGGCCAAGCUAGAAAACAAAAGAGAAGGGGAACAAAUACAGAGAUCAACACAAUUGUACCAACUGGAAAUUCAGAGAGGAAGAGAAAAGGAUCAGGAGGAAAAGGUUGAACGCCAGAGGCAGCAUCACGAAUAUGUAGCUGAACAGAAAGUAAUUAAAGCUGAAGAGAAACAAAAAGAAGACAAAGAUGAUGAUCGGAUUAAGGCUUAUAUUAAAGGUAAAGAAAUGAUGGCUGUUCUGGCAAGAGAAAAAGAUGCAGAGACUAACAGGCUGAUGCAGAAGGAUAAGGACAAAGCUUUUGAAAAACUAUCUGCACAGAUGAACGAGGCAUUUAAGAUCGAAGAUGAUCGUCUUGCUAGAGGAGCUGCAGAGGUAGAAGCUGAAUACCAAGUGAAAAACAAAGAGAAAGAAGCAAGACAAAAGGCUGCCAUUGAAUCUAUUGCUGAACACAGAGCCACUGUGAUGAAGAUGAAAGAGGAAAAGGAGAGACAGGAAAAAGAAGAGGAUGAGAAGGAUCGUAAUCAGUGGAUAACAGAAGAUGGCAUCUACCAGGAAAUGGAAAAAGCCAAGAAACAAAGACAACGUGAUGCAAACAUGGAAGUACAGAAAUUUCAGAUCCAGCAAAUGGCUGAAAAGCAGGCAAAAAAACAGCAGGAAAAGCAAGCAGACUUGGACUAUGAUGCUCAGAGAGAAACUGCUUUUCGUCAGGAUCAAGCAUUUCGGAGAUAAAGAGAGUGAGUAACUGAAUCAAUGCCAUUACUUGAUGUAAUUUUUAUUCUCUCCAAGCAUCUAAGGAAGGAACAAGAUAUGCCCUAACUAGGACAACUGCAGCAGUAGUGGAAUGGAUAUAUAUGCAGCAUUAAAAAAAGCAAUGCAGGGAGCGGGGAAAGAUGCUUGAUGUAACGCUGUCCAUUUUCUUCCUGCCACACGUCCAUAAGCCCCCACUUGCUCCAGACUGAGCAAACACUUGGCAUUAUGCAGGAAUAUUAGAGCCUGCUUUGCCCCUCACAGCCCUGCCCGAGGGCGGGCCAAGAACCUCCUCAGAGCCAGCACAGACCCAGUUAUUGUCUUGGUCAGUCCUGCUGUGGUCUGGGCUGCUGCACUCUUUUAGGACAGCAGAACGUGGCUGGGUGAUGCUCACUGACUGCCCAUGUCAAUUAGCAUGGCCCAUUAUUCUGUAAUGUGAACCAAAGCAUAGUAAGUAGGAAUAAUCAAGAAACUGCACUUUCAACUAGAAGACACAAGGAGUUCUCUCCAUUUAUCUUGCAGUAAUUAAUUUUGGAAAUUCUAUAUUAAAAAAGAGACAUGAAAAUUAGCUUGUGACAUUGUCUCUAAAUACUUUUUUGCUUAGUUCACUAAUGAAAAAUUUAUUUCCCUUCUCUCUGAGCUAGUGCUCCUUUUACUCCAUCAAGCUUUUUUUCAGCAAGCAGAAAGAAUGGAAAGUUUUAAUAAAGCCUUUUGAUGGCAGAAGCUGGAGCCUUUAAGAAGUACUGACUACAGCAGGAGUGGUGCUGAAAUCUACAGAGCUCGAUAAUGCUCCAAAUGCAUCUCUAACUGCAUAUUUGCACACACUCAGUACCCUGCAAUUGGUGAGUUAAGUGUGUUUUAGGCAGCCUCCACAGCAGCAAGAAACAAGGUGGAUUGCAGCCUCAUUUCCUACUCAGCUUCCAGAAAUGCCCUGUUCUGCACAUGACGUGGGUCUGCUUGUGAAGUCUACAGCCUGCUUCCAUGGGGCUUGUACUCCUUUAACUUUGAACAUCUACAGAAACAUCAAACUCAAGUACCAGAAAACAACUCUUCAUUUUGGUACAUGUAGAGUGAAGCGGGAAUCCUGCGUAACUUUUAAAAUACAUCAGCUAAAUAUAAAUAUAUUUACCCAAAUUCAGCAUGGAAAAAUCGAACCAGGAAUCAUGUUACUUUAAUGAUUCUGAGAUGCACAUGCAUCGUUUGCUUGCCUUAAGUGACUAAUUCUAGUUAGUAAUUUUCUACAAAACUUCUAUAAAGCAUUCUAUGAUGACACUAGAUCAGAAGGGCCAGAGGUGGUGGAAUCAGUGAAGGUUUAAAGAUGUCCCAGGUAAGGCAGGAGGCUGGUCUAGCUGCUCACCACAGGUUCUUUUCUUAAGCUGCCACUUAAAGAUGACAACAAAAUAUAGGGAGAUCAACUGCAGCUGAUAAGAAGGGAAUCGCUGACCUGGAAGGAUCUACAAUUAAUUGAGAGGUACCUCUCAUUUAAUGCCUAGUGCCACUACUUGUAUUAGUUAUUAACUGAAGUUGAGUCACCAUUCCUGAGGGUGUUUAGGAGACAUGCAGAACAUGGUGCCUAGGAACGUGGAUUAGUGGUGGACUUCAGUACUAGGUUAACAGUUGGACUUGACCUUUUUCAACCUAAAUAAUUCUAUAAAGAUUUAAUGAAUAGCUAACAAAUCAGAACAUGCUUUGAGAAAUAAUUUGACUAGUAAACUUUAACUACCGGGUUUGAUCAACAAAGCACCCUCUCAGAUGGCUGCUUGAGGACAUUGUAGCAGGUGAGAACCAUAACAGGUAUUGGCCUUAUUUGAAGGCCAAGACCUUAGAGAUCCAAGGUACAACCCACAGAGGGACUGAAACAGAGACCUUAAAUCAAACUGCAUUUUUUCCACGCCUUGACCCAACUCUGGAAGUAGAACAGCAACUUUAGUUUGAACAUGUGGGCCUCCAGUGUCCAACACGGUAUUCUCCCAACAGUAUCACAACUGGUACCUGUGUGGCUCUGGUACACAAGUAAGACAGUACUGUUGUCAUGGAUCUGAAACAACUCCUACCUAGGGAAUGGAAGAGAACAGCUUUCUAAAAUGCCUUAUAUCCUAAGAUAAUCUGAGUUAACUGACUAUGCAGCUCUUUGCUGUUAAGUAGCGUUAGAGACUGGAGUUACUAGAUCUGUGCAAAUUCUUUUAACGUUGCAGUCUUUGCUCCUGCUCAGCUCUGGGGAACUUUGAAGAGAACAUGUACCUGAAAAUAAAUUGCUCGUGAACAGAAGAGCUGGCACCAUGGGACUGUUAAGGAUGAACAUCUUCAUGUCCCAAUACAGACUUACUGUAUACUUCUGAAAAAGAAAAAAAAAUCUUUUCAAAGCUCCCUGGUCAUAUUAGGUCAAAUAAUUUCCUUUGUUUCAAUAGUUAAAUUCUUUCAUGUGCCUUAUUAACUUAGGCCUUUCUGGUAUCUCUUGAAUGGACGAGUGCUAUAACUAGUCUGUAAUCUUUCUCCUUGUUCUGGCAGUGCAUCCUGAUCUCUGAUGCUAAAUCUUCCUUCUUGUUCUGGGAGUGCAUUUUUGAGAGAAGGAAAAUUCACUAGUUAUAAAUAGCACUCAAAAAACCCCUCAUCACUGAUGGCUAAGACUUCAGAGGGAGUGAAGGCCAGAGGUGUGAGAAGACCAUAUGAGACGUCUUCUUUGGAAUUAUCUUAAUUCCUUCCUGUUUAAAACAAGUGAAAUUGUGGCAUAGGCUUUGUUAAGCUUAUAAUGUGUGAAGUUUUACACUAUUGCACUGCCAUCACUACAAACUAAGCUUCUUUUUGUUUUGGUAUAUCAUGGCCUUUGACGUCAAGAACUAGAUAUGUAAAUGAUUCAAACCUGCUCUCUGAUCUGUUAAACCAAUCUCUACUAAGCAGUCCUAAAGCACAGCUGUUUGUAGCUGUUGGCACUGUUUUGCAUAAGCCAACAUAGCACUUUGUUUUUCUGUGGGUUGCCUCAGCUCCAAUCCAUUACAGAGAAAUGCACAGUUCUGUCAGGUACUGAAGGGCUUGAACAUCAGCACCACAGGUCCAGCAAAAUUCAACACUGCAUCUCUGUUAACAUAACAGUAAUUGCCCCCCUCAAAUGAGUAGCAUCUGGUCUCACUCCUUUUCUAUGUAAAGGAAAAAUAGGUAAAAGUCACAAAAAAGCACCAUGUACUGGAAGAAGCAAGCAUUACUGAGCAGACCAGUAGAAAUCCAGCAACUGGCACAGUCGACAAGGGCAAAACUGGACUAUCUUUGGUAAAGCUUACAGGAUAAGUAUUUCUGAUUACUUUCAGUUACAAUCAAUCACUGCAUACAAUUACUAGUAGCUACUAAUUAUAUACUAAUUAUAAACAGUUUCUUUUUUCUUCAGAAACACAUGUGACCACUAUCUAAGAAUCUACAAAGGAAAAGGAAGCUUGCCAUUCUCUCCUUCCAAGUUCUAUGUGCCUGCAAAACCUAUCAGUGCCCAACAGCUGAAGCUAACUCUGGAGCAAGUUACAAAACCUGCUGUUUGCCAAAACCUGCCUAUAUUCAACUUCAGCUCAAGAAACAAGUGCCACAGCUCACAACUGUACUGUAACUAGUCUGAUUUUAUUAUGGAACAAAGCAGUAGAUUCACUUUUUAGGAAAUCAAGAGGUAACAGCCACAGGUAAACUAUCAGUACUGUACUCCUUGAGUACUGCUGGGCCUGCAGCCUUAAUUCAAAUCUUACAUUUUGGCUUUAAAAAAAAAUCUAUAUAAUAAUAUAGAUAGGAUAUAAUAAAAUUGAGAAAGCUGUUUAAAA